AUGGUUUUGGAAGAUGGGGCUGAUUCGGCUAGGUUAGGAGGCUGGUAUGGCAGUGGCUCAAGGUUGGUUCAGUUGGAUUAUGCUGCCGGUAUGGUUGAUGAGUGUCACGAGUUUGUAAAGGUGGUUGUCCUGGUCAGGGGGAAAGGGAUGAGAUUUGUGGUUGUUGCUCGUAGGCAUGAAGAAUGGUGGCAUGGGGCUGUUCAGGUGAGGGAGAGGAUGGUGUGGGUGUUUCAGGUUAGGGAGAUGAUGGUGUGA